AUGUCGGCUGAAGGCGCUGGGGGGUGUGUGAAUAAAGCUUUCGAGGGUGCCGACGACGGAUUCCACACAAUAGACCUGCGCUACGGCAGGAGUACAAACAAUGAUGAUAACCAGAAUAGACCACAGGCCGAACCAGAAACGGAGCCUCCCCCAUCAAACCCCGUGGAGCACAAAGAAGAUCGAGCUCUCCGCUGUGGAUGGGGAAUGUUCCGGCCGAGCUGGCUGCAACGGUUCAGAACUGCGAAGUGGGCACUCUUCUGGCUGUGCUGGGCUGGAGCUAUACAGGGUCACUCCACCCCUUCAUAUGUAAAUGUGAGAUCCAAAUGUUAUGAAGACUGCCCUGUUAAGGUAUUCCACGUGCCCUGCAAUAAACUGCCGUGGGAGCAUGAAUAG